AUGAGGGGAGUGAAGCGGUCGCACGAGCGAGUGCCGGCAGAGGAGGAGUUGGCCAACUUCGCUGAAGAAUUUCACACGGGUUGCAUCGAGUACAGCCAAAUUUCGCUGACGACGCUCCGUCACCUUUGCAAACGCUUGGCCAUCCCAUGCUACGGCGCUAGAGAUAAAGUCUUGGAUCGCUUGAAAGCCCACCAGCGUCAGGUCACAGGGCCUCAUGAAGACCCCGAAAGUGCUGUGGAUCAUGUGGAGCAUGGCCCUGUGCCACGCGAGCUUGUUGAGAUGGAAGUCAAAAUGCCUCAUUUUGCUGAUAUCUUCCACCGCCACCUCCAGAGUCAAAAUGUGAUUCUUGAAAGAACUGUGCCAACUUGUCCAAAGCCUCCGCAACGGGGACCACUUCAGCACUUGAAUCAACUGGAGCAAGGGCAGCCGAUUUGGGCUUUACUGUUGCGCCGCGAUGUCGCAACACUUGUGACUUUGUUCCAGGUGCUGCAAGCGAAGGGCCUCAAUCGCCUGACAGCUUUGCUUAUCGUUGCCUUGUUGCACGUACUAUACCACGGGCAAAGCAUCGCUUACUUUGCGAGCCUCUUGCUUGCCCACCCUGACCUGUUCUCGGUGUCAGUGGCAGAUUUCAAUCUUCGCACAGCAGCGGCACGUCGCUUCUUGACAGCAGUGGAGCAGAGCGUGGACGCUACCCUGGAGUUUUUUUCCACCUUACGCAUGGCACGCGGGGCACUGGUCAAAGCCGGCGAAGAGAGGGUGAAGGAGUUUUGCAAGACCCACCAGAUUAAGCUGCUGAUGCCAUGCCGCAACCCAUCCAAAUGGAAUAGUUUGGCCUCGCGCUCACUAGCUGAGGUUGUCAAGGACAUUGAGCAGGGGUCGCUCCCGAAGUGCUUGGAUGCGUUCUGCAGCUUGACGGAACUCUGCUACAAAGAAGCUUUGGAUAUACUCCGAGCAGGCAACAUGAAGUACUACAAUGGAAGAAAUGGGAGCUAUGAGUCAAUUCACUUUGUCCGAAUCUUGGGCCAGGUGUUGAAGCUGCAAUGCCAAGAUAGUGCAGCUUGCUGGCGGCGGCUUUGCCUGAUGGGUGACGGUGUGAAGCGCCACAACCUUGAUCACGCUGGCGCCAUCAAGUUGAGAGAUCAGAUCCGGAAAUUCACCAGGCACCCUGCAUAUCACUUAGACGAUCUAGCUUGUUACCUCUGCCUUCAAAAACGUAGUUGCCGGCUCGCAGAGGAGGCAUACCAAAGAUCCGAAGCGGACAAUGACAAGGAUGUCCGUUGGACGAAGAUCCAGGCUAUGGAGGGAUCCGCUGAUGUAGAGACGGAAAAGGGCCGUGACGGAAAAUGGUUUCUCACGCUGGAUUGCUCAAGCACGAGAAUUCGCUUUGAGCUUCAGAACUUUAAAGUGGAAGCAGAUGUGAGGUUUGCAUGCAAGGCUGAAGAGAAGUUCUUUGUGGACUGCACCACUCAGUCACUGAGGGGCAAGCAUCACCUGCACUCACUCCUGAUGGCUGCUGGCGGGCCAAAGAGAAGUAAACCUCUGGGCCUUUGCUUCCGCUACUCACAGAGUACAGAGUUGCAGUACAAAAUGAAAGGAACAGAACUGAUGCACUUUGCAAAAGGCUGGGAGAGGUGGAAACUAUUGGAACUUUUGCCUUUGCUGCGAAUCCUGGGUGGUUUGGGAGCAUCGCAGCAUCGCAGGCUAAAGAGCGAGGCUAAGAAGUUGCGGCGGAUUAGGAUUGAGCCGAGGCUUCCCGACGCGCGCAGAAUCGUUGCAGACUGGCUCAAGCACUUGUCAAUUCUGUUGACUGCAGCAUUCCCCUGUGAGGUGAUCGACUUAGCAGGUUCCAUUGACACCUGUGCUGAAAAGGCAGCAUCAACUCUUGAACUGCCAAUGCUCUUGAGUGCCGUGUUCCGCUGUGGGGGGACCAAACUUGCAACCAGAUACCAGAUGAUCAAUCGAGACGAGAGCUCCAAAGGGUUUGCAUGCAAGGCUGAAGAGAAGUUCUUUGUGGAAACCUUGAUUGAUGAUGCAGCGGUUUUAAACAAAGUAUUGCCGAAGUUUCUGAAGGAGCGGAUGCCGAAGCAGCUCCAGGGGGUGCAGGUGGCUCACCUGAUUGAGCCUGGCGGGCACCGGUGGAACGGCUGA